AUGGCUCCAGUGAACCAGCCAAAGGACAAGAAGCAUGAGAGGGCACGUGAGCAUUGGAUGGAAGAGGCAAAAUCAGCUGGGGAGAGGAAAAUGGACUACGAGGAGCUAGGGAAUGAGCCACAAGCAAAGAGGUUGUUUGUGAGAAAAACAUCCAAACCCCCAGAGAAAAUCGGUUGGAGUGGAGGUGGGUCCGUGGUGAGAAACAACAGAGUCCUUUUCCAUCAGCUGGAGCGGCAAUGCAGCAUUGUUCAUUAUGUCUACCAGAACACGCUGGGAGGCUCCAUUCGGGCACAGCUGAGGCAGAGUCUGCAGCUGCCCUUUCUGCGUUCUCUUGCCUCAUACCGCCUCUUUCGAACAGCAAGUCCCUUUGACAGGAGAGUGACAUGCCUGGAAUGGCAUCCAACACACCCCAGUACUGUAGCUGUUGGUUCCAAAGGUGGAGACAUCAUCCUUUGGGACUAUGAAGUACUUACUAAAACCUGCUUCAUAAAAGGGAUGGGAGCUGGAGGGGCCAUCACAGGAAUGAAGUUUAACCCUUUUAACCCUAGUCAGCUGUACACUUCGUCAGUUGCCGGCACUACCACCCUGCAGGAUUUUAAUGGCAAUACUGUCCGGGUCUUCACCAGCACCGAGGACUGGGAGUAA